GAAAUCGUAUCGUAUAUGAAUAAAAUUAAUUUAAUCGAAUCAAACUUCAAACGAAUUUUAUUACAGCCAGAAAGAAUCGAUCCGCAAGGCGUUAAAGGUUACGAUGUUCGCAGUGAUGUUUGGUCAUUAGGAAUAACACUUUUCGAAGUCGCCACCGGCCAAUUUCCUUAUCCCAAAUGGUCGAGUGUUUUCGAUCAACUCCAUCAGGUUGUUAAUGGCCCCGCGCCACGUUUAACUACUAAUUAUAAUGGUGGCAAUCAUAACGCGAACACUUUUACCCAAGAAUUCGUUCACUUCGUUAAUACUUGUUUGAUAAAAGAAGAAAGUUCAAGACCUAAAUAUAAUAAAUUAUUACAAGAUCCUUUUAUAAUACGUUCAGCAAGUGAAGCUGUUGAUGUUGCGGAAUAUGUGACAAAAAUUUUGGAUAAUAUGUCGGAUAUGGGGAUAACAGCGUUUACUACGGAUCAGCAGUAAUAUAUUACGAAAAAUUUGCUCAAAGAAAAAGAAAAAAAAAUUUGAUUUCGUUCAAUAUUCCUAUUUUAAUCAUUGUAAUAAUUUUAUUCUCAUCUUUUUAUUGAAACUGUGUAUGUACCAUAUGUACAAUUGUGUAAAUAUUGUAUAAAAAUGAAAACAAAAAUCGGUUUGAUGAAAAUCAAAUGGUAAUAACAUAUUGAUGAUGAUUUAAGGAGCGCAUGUAUGGAGCGUUUUAGAGAGGUUUUUAUUGUUUACAACAAUGCAGACAAUAAAAUUUUCCCCCUUCUAUUUCCCCCCUUCAAAGAAAUCGAUUAUCAUCACAUUUUUUUAAUAUGAAAUUACAUCUUAGUUGUUAUUAAUGCUGGACGCUUUUUGUUUGGACGCAUUUUGCCCUCCCUUUCUUUUAACUUUAAUUGUGUAUAAGAACAUGUUGAACAGUUGUAAAUAAAUUGAAAAUUUAAGUCAA